AUGUCCUCCCCCUUCAUCAGCAAAGUCUCCAAGCUGAACCUCAGCCCCGACUCGCGCAAGGGCACGCCCCCCAAGCUCCGCCGCGAGCAAUCCGGCGCCACCGAGAAGACCGAGGACGAUCCCAGCGUGCCCACCACCCCGACCCCGAAGGGCAAGGCCUCCGCCGCGCGCCACCAGUCCGAGCAGCGCGACUCGCCCGUCCCGGCGCCCAAGGAUGCUCCUUCCCAGGCCUCGGCCUCGGCGUCGGGCUCCCGCGCCCAGAGUCGCGCGGGCCGCACCGAGAGUGAGGCCGGGCAGCCCCAGGAAGAACAGCCCCAGGAGGAGGGCCUGGAGGAGCAGCAGCAGCAGGGAGAAGAAGAAGAGAAUGAGCAGCCGACGCCGAGUCUGAACGGCGGGCCGACCGAGUCGCACCCCGAGCAUCUCGACCUGUCCGUCCUCAAGGGCCUGGAGGUCGGCGAGGACGGGCUCAUCCACGACCAGGACGGGACCGCGAUCGGUCGGCUGGUCGAGGGCAAGCCCGAGGAUCUGGUCGGGUAUACCGUCGGCGACAACGGCGAGAUCCUCGACGAGGAUGGCGAUCUGAUCGGGGUGGUCGAUGUGCUGGCGGAGGCGUUCCAGAAUCAGCAGGAUGGCGUGGACGCCAGCCAGGUUGAUGGGCAGGAUGAGGACCAGGAAGAAGCAGAAGAGGAGGGCCAGCAUGAGCAGACCAAUGGAAUUGUCGAUCAGGCGGCCGACACCGUCGGUCAGGCGGCGGAUACCGCUACCGCUGCGGUCGGCAAUGUCGCGGAUCUGGCGGGUAAGACUGUCUCGGAGUCCGGCGAUAUCAAGGAUGAUGCCGGCCAGACGGUCGGGAAGCUCGUCGAGGGCGAGCCCGAGGAGCUGGCGGGCAAGGUGCCCAACGACCAGGGCGAGAUCCUCGGCGACGACGGUGACGUCCUUGGUCGCGUGGAUGUCGCUCCUCAAGAGGCUGCGGGAAGUGCCGCCGGCUCGAGCAAGGCCGCUUCCCGUGAGUCGGGCGAGGAGGCCGAGCAGAGGGCCAGCGUCGCUGGUACGGCUGCCUCCAAGGCGACGGGCUCUGCUGCCGACAAGUCCAAGGCCUCUUCCGGAGCUCAGCCUGAGGAUGACCAGAGCACCGUCGGCCCCAAGUCGACGGCUGAUAAUGUUUCGGCUGAGGAGCUCACCCCUGAGGAUGCCGUUGGCGAGAAGCCUGAGGCUUCCGACGCUGACGAGGCUAAGGGGACCGUCGCUGAGAAAUCCGCAGCGCCUGGUACGGAGGCUGACGAAGCCAAGGAGACUGUCGCCGAGAAGUCCGAAGCGCCUGGCUCGCAGGCCCCAGGCACCGAAGCUGCUGGCACUGAAGCCAACGAGGCCAAGGAAACCGUCGGUGACAAGUCCGAGGCCCCCGGCUCUGAAGUUGCUGGCACCGAGGCUGAGGGUGAGGCUAAGGAGGCCCCCGAGGAGGCCGCUGAGGCGGCAACCGAAGGUGUCCCUGAGAGCGCCCCUGGAGAUGCCGCCGAGGAGAAGUAUGAGACCGCUCAGGAAGAGGUCCCUGAAGAGGCCCCCGAGGAGGCAACUGAGGAGGCAGCCGAAGAAGGCACCGAAGCUGAGAAGGAGCUCCCCCCUCUCUCCUCCCUGGAGGGCCUGCGCUGCAACAAGCUGGGCAAGAUCAUCAACCCGGCCACCGGCAAGCCCGUUGGUGAGUUGAUUGAGGGUGAUGCGAAGAAGCUUGCUUCUCUCGGCGCUCAGCUUGACGACAAGGGCCAGUUCUGGGACAACCGCGGCAACGUCAUCGGCCGAGCCCAGACCCUCGCUCCGGAGGAGUACCCCGAUGAGCCUCCUUUCGGCGGCUUGGAGGGCCUGCACGUCGUCGAGGACGGCUGGGUCGAGGACCAGAACGGCAAGCGUGUCGGCAAGAUCGUCGACGGCGACGCCAAGAAGGUCCUGGGCCGGCCCGUUGACGAGGACGGUGAUGUGACCGACAAGCACGGCAACGUUAUCGCCAAGGCGGAGUACUACGAGACUCCCGACGAGGAGCCCGAGCCCGAGCCUGAGACCAUCGACCUCUCCAGCCUGGAGGGUCUCACCCCCAACAAGCUCGGCUAUGUGAUCGGCCCCAAGGGCGUCCCCAUCGGUCGGGUCGUCGAAGGUAACCCCAAGGAGCUGGCCGGCAAGGAGAUCCACGAUGGCCAGAUCUAUGACGGCCCUAAGCCCAUUGGACGGGUCGAGCUGAUCCCCGAGAACGAGCGCGAGAAGAAGCCCGAGGGACCGUUUGCUGGUCUGGAGGGCCUUGUGGUCAACAAGGAAGGAUUCGUUGAGGACGAAGAGGGCAACAUUGUCGGUAAGGUGACCGAAGGUGAUGUGAAGAACCUGCGCGGCCGGGCUGUCGACGAGGAUGGAGACAUUAUCGACAAGUUCGGCAGCGUCAAGGGUCACGCGGAGCCCUACGAGGUGCCCGAGGAAGAAAAGCCCGAGGAGGUGGACCUUUCCAUUCUGGAGGGUAAGGUCGUCAACAAGGCUGGUAACGUCGUUGACGGGCAGGGCCGGGUCUUCGGUCGUGUCGUCUCUGGCGGCAAGGGACUGGCUGGACGCAAGGUCGACAAGAAGGGUCAGAUCUGGGGUGACGAUGGCAAGGUCAUUGGCCAGGCUGAACUCGUCCCUGGAGCCGAUGAGCAGAAGCCCGAGGGCCCCUUCUUCGGGUUUGACAAUGCGGUCGUCGGAAAGGACGGCGUGGUCACCGAUGGCACUGACCGUAUCAUUGGUCGUGUGAUCGAGGGUGACGCUAAGCGCCUGCAGGGCCGUAAGGUCGAUGAGGAUGGCGACAUUCUCGACAAGAACGGCAACCCCAUUGGCAAGGCUGAGCGCUGGGAGCCCGAGGAAAAGAAGCGUAACAUCAACCCCAUGGCCGGCCGCAAGGUCAACAAGGAGGGAGAGGUGCGCGAUGCUGAUGGCAACCUCAUCGGCAAGCUGACCUCAGGUGACCUUCCUUCGUUGAUCGGGAAGGAGAUUGACGACAACGGCUACGUUGUGGACAACGAUGGCAACAAGAUUGGCGAAUGUACCUUGAUUGAGAACAUCCCCGAGCCCGAGCCUGAACCCGAGGAGCCUGAGGAGGAGGUGCAGGAAGAGGAGCCCGGUCCCUCCCCCGAGGAAUUGGAGGCGAAAAAGAAAGAGGAGGAGGACCGUCAGCUGGCCAAGAAGAUGAGCGCGAUUGUUGGAUCCACCUUAGACCGCCUUCGUCCUAUCUGCAAGAUGAUCUCCGAGCACGUUGACAAGGCCGACCGCACUCCGAAGGAGGAGCUGGACGAAGAGCAGCUGGUCAAGGACGUGAAGCCUCUUCUGGAGGAGGGUGGCCAGAUCCUCCAGGAAUGCAACGGCGCGAUCCGGGCCCUCGACCCCGACGGACGCAUCGCCGCCACUGCGAAGGCCCGCGCCGCCUCGCACGAGGCCUCUCCAGAAGAAUACGCGCUGGCUGACCAGCUCAAGGAACUCACCGACACGGUGCUGCGCACCAUCGACAACGGCAAGAAGCGCAUCGCCGGCAUGCCUCACGCCAAGAAGGAGCUCAACCCUCUCUGGGGUCUGCUCAGCGAGCCUCUCUUCCAGAUCAUCGCGGCGGUCGGCCUGCUGCUGAGCGGUGUCCUUGGUCUGGUCGGUCGUCUGCUGGAAGGUCUGGGACUGGGACCCCUGGUGAAGGGCCUGCUCGGUGGCUUGGGUCUGGACAAGUUGCUCAGCAGCCUGGGAUUGACCUCGCUCACCGACGCCCUGGGCUUGACUGGCCGCAAGAAGAAAUAA